CAGACAGAGACCGUUCCUCGGACGCCGUGCCCUGCCUUUCCCAGUCUCCUCCUCGACUUGCAAAACCCCACCUCAGCUACUACACGACGCAGAGUGUGAGCUCAGAGUAAACGGAGAGCAUUGAGUGAGCGGAGCUAGUGAGAGCCCCGACAAGGAGGAGAAGCACGAGCAGGAGAACACGGACGAGAAACAGCGCCCAUGUCCGUGGCGCGAUCCUAGCCGCCCAUUUCGUAUUCGACGGCCUAAAGCCGCCGGAGCCAGCCAAGCUAGCCCCGCGGGCGGAAACAAUGGUGGCCGGCCGCGUCAAGGCGGCCAUGGGGUUCCAGCGCAGCCCGGCAACCCCCAAGUCCUCCACCUCCUCCCGCAAGCCCGCUCCGCCGCCACCACCCCCGCCGGAGCCGACGAAGACGACGCCGACGCCGCGCCGAAAGUCCUCGGGCUCGCCGGCAACGCCAAGCUCGGGGGCCAAGGCGGCGACGGGCUCCUCCUUCGCGCGGUCCUUCGGCGUCUACUUCCCGCGCUCGUCUUCUUCCUCCUCAGCGCAGGUGCAGCCCGCUCGCGCCACGUCAGCGCCGGCAAUGGCGGAGGCCGGGGAGCUGGCAAGGGUCGUGGAGGAGCUGCGGGAGCGGGAGUCGCGGCUGCGGACGGAGCUGCUGGAGCAGAAGAUCCUCAGGGAGACCGUCGCCAUCGUGCCGUUCCUCGAGACGGAGCUCGCCGCCAAGAGCAGCGAGCUCGGCCGGUGCCGGGACGCCAUGAGCAAGCUCGAGUCCGAGAACGCGCGGCUGAGGGAGCAGCUCGCGGCCGCCAUGGCCGGGGAUAAGAGCAAGGCGCAGAGGAUUGGUCAAUUGGAGAAGGAGGUGGCCGAGCUCAGGACGCCGCGGCCGCCGGUCCAAGUGGUCGCCGAUUGCUCGUCGUCGGGUCACAGCUCUGAUUCGGCCAAGCCGGCGCAGAAGUCCGUUCGUCCACCGCCACCUCCGCCGCCGCCCCCGCCAUUGCCGGUGUCUUCAAAGAGCAAAUCCUAUUUCUCUUGCUCGUCCCGCGCUUCCCCUGCUAGCUCGUCGUCUUCCUCGUCCUCGACCCCAUCCUGCUCCUCUGCUUCAGACACGGCAGCUUCUAGAAGCCGCGACCCGGAGCUCAUCGCCAAGCUUCCUCCCCCAAUACCUCCCCCGCCGCCAUCAAUGCCGGCCCGGGGAUGCCGGAGCGGGGGCUCGUCACCGUCAACCUCGAGCGGCAGCGGCAGCGGCGGCGGACGAGGAUUAGCAGGUCCUCCGCCGCCACCCCCACCGCCGCCGCCCCUUUCCGGCCCAUGCGUCAGGCGCGUCCCCGAGGUGGUGGAGUUCUACCACUCGCUCAUGCGGCGGGACUCCAAGAGAGACGGCGGCGGCGGCGAGGCGGGCCACGGCGGGUCCGGCGCCGCGGCCGCCAGGGACAUGAUCGGCGAGAUCGAGAACCGCUCCUCUCACCUUCUCGCGAUCAGGUCCGACGUGGAGAGGCAGGGAGAUUUCAUCCGGUUCCUGAUCAAGGAAGUGGAAGGCGCGGCCUUCGCCGACAUCGACGACGUCGUCACCUUCGUUAAGUGGCUCGACGUCGAGCUCUCGCGCCUGGUGGACGAACGAGCGGUGCUGAAGCACUUCGACUGGCCGGAGAAGAAGGCGGACGCGCUGCGAGAGGCGGCGUUCGGGUACCGCGACCUGAAGAAGGUUGAGACGGAAGCGGCGGCAUUUUGUGACGAUCCCCGGCAACCAUGCUCUUCUGCUCUCAAGAAGAUGCAGGCACUCUUCGAGAAGUUGGAGCAUGGAGUGUACAGCCUUGCCCGUGUACGUGAUGGCGCGAUGAGCCGGUACCGCGGGUACCAGAUCCCCUUUGAGUGGAUGCAGGACACUGGAAUCAUCAGUCAGAUCAAGAUUCAGUCAGUAAAAUUAGCAAGGAAGUACUUGAGAAGGGUUUCGUCUGAGCUCGAGGCCAUCCAAGGCGGCCCCGACGAAGAGGAGCUGAUGCUCCAGGGAGUUCGGUUCGCCUUCAGAGUUCACCAGUUCGCGGGUGGAUUCGAUGGUGACACUAUGCGGGCAUUCCAGGAGAUCAAGGAGAAGGCGUCCGCGUUCCAGUCACAGCGGGAUCAGCAGCAUCUGCAACAGCAAAAGCUCGCCGCUAGCAGAAGCUGAGAACCAAGCGAUGUAGUUCCAUAUUACACAGUUCAUUGCUAUAGGAAAGUUCAUAUGUUUCCUUGACCAAACAUAUGUUUCCAUAUUACAGCGUUCUACUCAAUUUAUCACCAAGGAAUUCUGCUCUCA